AUGGACAAGUCGCCAAUGCCGAGCAGGGCCCGUCCUGGCUCGCUGGUCACAGACGCAUCUCUCUCGAACCGACGGAACCCCUUCUCCCUGGCCAAGGCUUCCUUUGCUAAGAGCAGCGUCGGCCGGCCUACACAGCCUGUGCAUCUUCACAAAAAGGCAAGCAGUGCGAACGACGAUGAUAUCGAGGAUUCUGAAGAGGAGGCGGAAGAUGAAGACGAGGACGAGGACGAAGACGAAGACGAGCUUUCCGGUGUGGGCGGACUUGCCAACUCACCAUACUUUACCCAGCCGACACAAGCUGUAACUCAGCCUACACAGCUUAUCAAGAACAUCAAGACCCUCAAGCGCAGCGCCGCCGAAGCUGAUGAUCCCGUAGCUAUCUUUUCGUCAUCCCCAGUUCGUUCUAUCGUCGAAGUACCGGCUUCUUCUCCCUUUCAGUCUCCCAACCGCUCUUCCUCUACCUCUGCCGUCCCAAGUAGGUUGGCAUCGCUCAUGGCACCUGCGGGUACUGCUUUUCGAUCACCUGCUCAAGCCCCGAAGCCGCGCCCUGUGCCACGACAGCGUGGGGGUGAGCGUGCCUCGGCAAACGGUGGAAAGACAGACGACGACGACGACCUAGACAACAUCGUUCGUGUUGAUGACAGCUCCGACGAUGGGGAUACUAGCAUACUUUCUCGGGGCGACAUCCGGCCGUCGUCCUUCCGGCGGCAACCCCCUCCGUCUGCCGCGAAACCGCGUGCAGCGGCUGCACCGCUGACGACAUCUAGCACGAGCAAGACGGCGACCGCAACCACCGCGAACAAUGUGAAGACGCCCAACGAAAGAAAAAUGUCCCACCUGAUCAUCAAACUGCAAGGUCAGCUCCGGCACAAGGGAUAUAACAGUGUUACCACCGACGCUUGUCGGGCUGCUCUUAUCAAGCACGACUACAGUUUGGACGAAGCCUCCAAAGAUCUGUUCUACAAACGCCUCGCCCAGUCUUCUUCGCCGGUCCAGCAGAGCAAAGUUACGGAUACGAUCCGGUCUUUUGCUUAUCAGCCAAAAGGAUCGAAGAAUCCGGUUGGAGUUGCCAGCUCGCCAAACUCGUCUCCAGCAUCUUCACAACAGUCGCCGAAGAAGCGAACGCUGAGUCCGAGUCCACGGCCGAAGAGACGGAGAUUAGUCCAAGGCCGGAAAACGCAAAACUACUCAUCCCAGCCAGACGGCGCUGCCCAGGAGAGGACCCGGCUGGUGGAUUUGACUGGCGAUGAUGAUAUGGACGAGAGCGAGAGCGAGGGCGAAGAAGAUGAAGAAGAAGACGAGAGCAGCAGCUCACCCCCUGCUAUGACCAGCGAUUAUGGAGACGGCGACGACGAUGUGAUUGAGAUUGACGACGAGGACAGCAUGGACGACGACAACGCGACAUUCAAUAUUGAAAAGCGGGUGUUGGAGUACUUUAAUACGUGCACGGUGGACGAUCUGGUGGCUAUGCUUGGUGCCAAGGCAAAGGGCAAAGCCGAAACGAUUUUGUCUCAUCGGCCAUUUCUUUCGCGGGCGUCAGUCACGCGCGUGCGAAACACGGCCAGCAGCGGCGGUCGUGGCAAGAAGGCAAGCGCCAACAUCGGCGAGGACAUCUUUGACGCGGUAGAGGAGUACGUGGUUGCCCUGCAGGCCAUUGAUGUGGUUGUGACGCAGUGUGAGCAGAAGGGGUUGCGGAUCCGGUCGACGCUGCACCACUGGAAUGUCGAUUUCCGGGGCAGCAGCAAGACACGAGAGCCAGGCAGCGGCGAGCCCCUGACGCCGUCCAGUGAGCUCGGCAUCGCGACAGACAAGGUCGGCUACGCGCCGCUUCCGAUACCGCAGGAGCCAGCUCUCAUGCGUGGACACUGCACGAUGAAGGGAUACCAGCUGUUUGGGCUCAACUGGCUAUGGGAGCUGUACCAGCGCAAGUUUGGCUGCAUUCUUGCUGACGACAUGGGUCUGGGCAAGACCUGCCAGGUGAUCUCGUUCCUCAGCCAAGUAAUCGGAUCCUAUACCGCAGGUGGUGGCCGCGACGACGACGAGGCGCGGCCAUGGCCCAACCUGGUGGUCGUGCCGCCCUCGACGUUGGCGAACUGGAAGGCCGAGUUCAAGAAGUUCGCCCCUCGCAUCCGCGUGACCACAUACAGCGGGAGUGUGGCAGAGCGGGAGCAGAUCUUCUACAAGAUCCAGGAGAACCGUGCUAAGCACCACGUUGUCCUGACGUCCUACUCGCAGCUCUCAGGGAAGCAGGACCUCGAUGCGAUGCGGAGAAUAGCACCGAACGCGGCGAUUUUCGACGAAGGCCACAAGAUGAAGAACGCCAACACGGCUCUGUACAAGUCGCUGAAACGCAUCGAUGCGAACUGGCGGCUCAUCCUGACGGGCACGCCGGUGCAGAACAACCUGAUGGAGAUGAUCAAUCUGCUCAACUUCAUCCAGCCGACGCUGUUUGAGCGCCACCUGGAGAAGCUGGGCGCGCUCUUCAGCCAGCGAUUUACGCUGCAGGACGUCAGCAACGGUGCCCUGCUCUUCAGCGACCGAGUGAGGCGUGCCCGCAGCAUUCUGGAGCCGUUUAUUCUGCAGCGGCGCAAGGAGCAGGUGCUCUCGAGCAUGCCGUCCAAGACGACGCGGGUGGUGUACUGCGACCUGGACGCGACACAGAAGCCGAUCUACGAGGCGUACGAGCGGCAGUUCAGGGAGGGGAAGAACAAGGGCUCGCAGAAGCAGGCGCCCCCGACCAAGACCCGGUCAGCCGUGACGGGCCUGACAAAUGACCAGAACAAUGUGUGGGUGCAGCUGCGGAAGUCGGCUAUCCACGCCCAGCUCUUCCGGCGGUACUUUGACGACAAGACGGUCGAGAAGAUGGCCCGGAUUUUGAUGGCCGAGGUGCCGCAAUCGGAGCUGCGACAGCCAGACUUGAAACACCUCAUCAGCGAGCUGCGGGACUGCUCGGACUUUGAGCUGCACACGUGGUGCCGCGACUACCGGUGCAUCCGCAAGUUUGACUUUCCCGACGACCUGUUCCUGCAGAGCGGCAAGGUGCAGGAGCUGCUGCGGCUGGUGCAAAAGUUCCAGAAGAACGGCGACCGAGCGCUCGUGUUCACGCGGUUUGCGCGCGUGCUUAACAUUCUGCGGGAGUGCAUGACGACGUCGGGCCUGGACUACGUCUCGCUCGAGGGCGCCACGCGGGUGGAGGAACGACAGGCUAUUAUCGACGAGUUCAACGGCAAUGCCGACAUCCCGGUCUUCCUGCUGACGACGGGAUCUGGAGGCACAGGCAUCAAUCUGACGGCGGCCAACAAGGUGAUCAUCUUCGACCAGAGCGACAACCCACAGGACGACGUGCAGGCGGAGAACCGGGCGCACCGGCUGGGGCAGACGCGCGACGUGGAGGUGAUCAAGCUGGUGACACGCGGCACCAUCGAGGAGCUGGUGUACAAGGCGUGUCAGACAAAGCUGGAGCUGGCCGAACGAGUGACGGCGAGCAGCACGAGCAGCCUGCCGCCGGCCGUCGACCUGAUGGACGGCGACAAGAUAGCCAAGGCAGUGGAGGAGGACGUGCGCAAGAUGCUGCUGGCAAAGGACGGGGCGACGCCGCCCAAAAGCGAUGACGGGGACGAGGGCCAGGGGGCUGCCCCGCGAAAUCGGGCAGCAGAGCUUCGGUUAGGUAAUCCUGAUCUGGUUUCAAGCCCCUCCUCUACGCAAGACAACCGACGACAGGACGACCGGGACGACGACGACGACCAGCCACAGUUCGACGACACGAUGACUGCUGACCCCUUUGAUUCCGCGCUAGACCUCCUGCGUCGGCUCAAUCCGAAACAGACGGCCGAACACCUGAACAGCAUCCUGCACCUGGCGCCCGACCUGACCGAGGACCUGCUCUCGUCGGUGGACCAGCCGCUGACCGUUCGGCGCUGCAAGCAGACGGGGCGCGACUACCUGCUGUGUGACUACAACCGUGACGGCGACUCGUACCGCUCGCCGUGGUCGAACAAGUUUGACCCGCCGCUGGACGGUCCAGACGCCGAGGGCCGGCCGGGCCUCGGCGGUGUCAGCACCGGCGGGGCCAGCGAAGGUGCCGGCGAGAGCGCCGUGCCGGGCGAGCGCGUCCGCAAGAUGGAGAUCCAGGCCAACGAGGCCUUUGACGUGUAUCGGGAUCUCUACUACGAGGGCGGCGUGUCGAGCGUGUACUUUUGGAACCUGGACGACGGGUUCGCCGGCGUUGUCCUGAUGAAGAAGGCCAGCACUCCUUCGGCCUCGUCCGGCGUCUGGGACUCGAUCCACGUCUUCGAGGCAAUCGACCGCGGCCGCACGACCAACUACCGGCUGACGUCGACGGUGAUCCUCUCGCUCGAGACGGAUGGCCUUGACCUCAGCGGCAACAUGACGCGGCAGGUGGAGCAGGACCUGCCGGUGACGGGCGACACCAGCCACAUUGCCAACAUCGGCCGGCUGGUCGAGGACAUGGAGAGCAAGAUGCGCAACCAGCUGCAGGAGGUGUACUUUGGCAAGGCCAAGGACGUUGUCGGCGACCUGCGCAGCGUCGGCAGCCUAUCCGAGGGCCAACGGGAUCGGGAGACCCAGCGGGAGGUCAUCAGCGGCGUGCGAGGGAGCAGGCAGUAG